AUGGAUGCUGCCAACGACGCUCCAGUGCCCAUUGAGCAAAACAGGGUGUCUUUUCUGAGGAUUAAGUCAACGGAACUAUGUGAGAAAGUGAAAAGAUUGGCUGCCGAUUGGGAAGAUGAGGCUGCUGUCUGUGACUCUUACAUGCUACUGGUAAAGCUGGAGCAGAUCGAGAAGCUGAAUGGGCAAUUUGAAACAUUGCACAACGAGCUUGAAGAAUUGGACUGCAACGAAAUUCAUAGUGGACUGUGCGACAGCUUUGCUCUCAAGGCUUCGAUCAUGCGUGAAACUGCUAGGAUUAGCGGAUACAUGCCGCUGCAUUCUACGUUUGCUGGAGCAAAUGCAACUGCAGGUUUUGCCGGUUCUCAGCCGCCACCUCGUCGUAGGCCAGGAUCAUCCCUUCCUCCCAUACAAUUGCCAAGGUUUAGCGGAGGAUAUGCGGAUUGGACGGACUUUUACUCGAUGUUCACGACCAUCAUCGACAAUCAUCCAGACCUAUCCAACAUUGAGAAGUUUCAGCAUCUACGAUCUUGCCUGCGUGACUCGGCGUUGGAGACAGCGCACAUUACUGAGAUUCUGGGGCUGCAGGCAGUUGAGAAUGGGUCAGUGUCAAUGCUGCGGGAGAUUUCUGACAAGUUCAACGCUCAUAUUCGGGCGCUGUAG